CGAGAAAAGGCCGCUGCCGCGCCGACUCUCGAGCCUCAUCCGCGUGUCAUGGGCGACUUGCACAAACAUGACUUUCUGCCGAGACGAAUCGUGAAAGCAAAAUGUCUCCGCGGCUCCUGCGUCGAGUCUGUGAAGACAGCCGGCUGGUAAAUUGAACAGAAGCGAAGGAAGUGCCGCGUGUCUCGUCGCCAGCUACUUGCCGAGCCUCUCGCGCUCACGCGGUUCUUGUUCGAGCUGAGGCAAGUCCACUUUGUUGGGAGAGGUUCGUCAAAGGGUCCUCGUUUCUCUCACAGGCGCCGCCUUGUUGCCAGGGGCAAUGUGUAACGGAGACGCCGUACUGAUUUCUGUCUUGCUCCGCCCAUGGCUUCCUCUCUCGGUGCUGUCGUUACCAGAAAGCAGCAGAGCAGGCGCGCGACAAGAACGAUCUCGGACAGGUCGAUUGGCCCAACCGAUGGCCUCAUUGCCGUUUACCUAGUUUUUCAGUGAACUCCACUUCGGCUGCAUGCAGUCCCAAAAAAGCGUGGAAAGCUUUGGAGGUUUUGGGGAUUUCGACGUCGCUCGCUGUCUUGUUCAAAGGAGGUGAAUCUCUCGAGAAAAGGAGCCUCUAUGGAGAAAGGAGUCCUUUGAUUGUGGCUCUCGAGGCCAUGCGGAUUCGUCCCCUCGUCUCGCCCCAGUGACCCCACGACCGCGUUGGGCUCCACAGGCGCGCUCGCAAGCGGAGUCACCUGCGCCGGGCCGGCGAGAGAGAGAGAGAGACAGGAGACGAACGCGGUCGCAGACGGCGGUGUGCUUUCUGCGGUCUUUGGCGUCGCACAAAGUCGAGGGAGCAGACGCUUUUGGGGUCCUUGUCCAGAUGUGAGCUCUCUGCCGCGGCUCCUCCUCAUCCCACGAACACAAUGUUUUCGUCUUCUUCGGCUUUCUCCCGCGACCCUUUUGUCGCGUUCGCUCCUAUGACACACACCGAAGCCCAGUCGGAGACAGUUGGAGACAGUGUGGGAAAGAAGGCGGAGGGCGCUGGUCCUGUCCUCACCCGGCCUCGCUCCCUUUCCUCUCUCUCAGCUACGGUCUCCACUGUCUCCGUUUCCUCGCCCCCCUCCACAAGCUCUCAUUCUCGUCAGAUCUCGGGAUCUUUAGGACUCGGCGCCCAACCUUCGCCGGAUGCUGCCCCUUCGGGUGUACAGACAGAGAGUCGCUCGCGUCUUCGUGUCUGUUCCCCCACUGUCUGUCCUGUCGCUCCCCACAUUGUCUCUGCUGUCUCCUUCGAGGGAUACGGCGGUGUCUCCGUGUCGUCCGCGGAAAGGCGCGCGGGUGAGGCAGGGAGGCUGGGCCUAGAGACUGGAGACACACCAGCGAGGAGACAGCCGAGGAGACAGCGUCGUACGCGCACCGCGCCUGCCAGUGUCUCUCUGCGUGGUGGCUACGUCGCUGCUUCCCUUGGAGAUUCCCUGCGACCUUCGUCGCCCACGGAUUCAGUCUCUUUGGUCUCUCCAGCCUCGUUCGCUUCUUGCUCUCCGUCUCGUUCUUCGUCUUUGAGCCGUUUAGAACGUCUCCCAUCGGCCGUCCUUCGCUGUCUCUCGUGUGAUUUCCUCCCUCUGUUUGAUGCCGCUCGCUUGGCGCGCUGCAGCCACACUCUUCUCCUUGCUGCUCAGUCUCAGAACUGGAUACGCCGCCAUCUCAAAGCGGGGGCAAUCCAUUCUUCCUCUUUGUAUCGUUCGCGUUGCUCGUCUUCUCGGCCUCCUUCUUCUUUCUGCUCUUUUGCAGCUCCACACUGUGCGAGUGCGUCUGCGGAGGAGGGACAUGAAGGUCCGUUGCUCUCUGGGGUUGCAGGCGCAUGCGCAGGAAGAGAAGACGCCCAAAGUCUCUCGUCCUCCCCCUCAUGUACAUGCAAGAGCUGCGCAUGUUGCGGCGAGGGCCUCCUGUACGGCGGAGACAAGGAGACGCGCCGCCUCCGGCGCCGCGUCUGGCUGCUCGCGCUGGGACGGCUCGACCGCCUGGGGCUCCAAAUCGCUCGCGAGCUCCAGUGGGAAACCGCCUCCCUGGCCGCCGGGUCUCUGGCCUGCGACGCCAGUCGGAAGGCGCAAGCCCAGCAGGUCAGAGCCGCAACUCAGGAUGCGAAACGGAGACAGCGACUCGGAAAGACACAGACAGCAGACGAAGAAGGAGGAGGAGAAGAAGAGGAACAACUCGAAGAAAACGAACGAGAGGACGACGACGAACAGGAGGAGAUCCAGAUCGCAGGUGGUGUAGCUACGGAAGGAGAGGAAGCGCGGAGACGAGAAGGACGGGCCAGGGGAGAGCUCGAGGGAGGAGCCUCCUGCUGUGAGCAUGACGGAGAUUCGGAACUACCGGGUCCUCGUUUGCACUGUGGGAGGGGGACAAAGGAGACACGGGAGAGGAAGAGGUUGGCGAGUAGCGGCGGUCGAGACGCCGGUCGUCUGCCGUCCUCUCAGGCAGCCAGAGAGGCGAUCGCAGCUCUGUACCCAAGAGCGUUCAUGCCGAAUGUGUGCUUUGACCUCAGUGGACCGCUCUCGAUUGCGAGGGGACAGGAGUUGCAACAAUUUUCUUCAGAGCGACGGCGGCCUUUUCGUUUCUCCUCGUUUGGGGCAGAGGCCUCGCCCUGUGGGGCAGGCGAGGAGAAAAGGACAACCGCGCCGCUGCCUGGAGAGGAGGAAGAAGACGAGCCUCUUUUGCCUUGGCCGUGCCGCGAGAUUUUCGCGUUUCUUCUCGAGUGUCGCCUCGACGAGGCCCGCGCAGACGAAAUCCGCCGAGACGUCCCUCGCACCUUUCCCCGGCACCCUUAUUUCCGGCAUAGCGAAGGUCGGGCGAAGCUCUACGCGGUUCUCCACGCUUACGCGUGUCUCUGUCCCUCCACGGGGUAUUGCCAAGGAAUGAACUUUCUGGCUGGGGGCCUGCUGCUUUUCACCGGGAGCGCCUUGUGUGCCUUCUGGGCGUUUGUCGUGAUGCUGAGGUGUUUGGACUUCCAGCUUCUCUAUGCUUCGGGCGUUCCUCUCUUGCAUGCACGCGUCUUUCAAUUUACCACGCUUCUCACGCACCACUUGCCGAAGCUGUCGCAACACCUUCUCACGCAUUCCCUCUCGUUUGACUUCUUUGCUCACCAAUGGCUGAUGACUUGUUUCGCCUACCACAUAGACUUGCCGACGGUCGCAUGCAUUUGGGACGCUUUCUUCUUGGGCGGUUGGAAGGCGCUUCUGAAGGCAGCCGUGGUGCUUCUCGCCCGUCUCCAGGCGGCCAUUCUCGAGACAACGAGCAUCGACGAAAUCCUCUUCGUUGUUCGCGUUGAAGGAAACCGAAAAAUCCCUCUUUAUCCUGCGCCCUGCGCUUCCUCCCGGAACGAAACGAGAGGAAAAACGACACACCAGUGGGCGCAACCUCAUACUCUUUCUGCUUCGUUUCGCAGUCCUCGCUUGCCUUCUUCUCUCCCUCCUUUUCGCAAUUCUUCAUCGUCUUCCUCGAUGGAGGAUCAGUCGAGAGGGCCUCUUCAGGAUCGCGGUGUGGCUCGAAGCUCCUGUCUCUCCAGUCAUUCCGAUGCUUCUGCGAGUUCCUUCGCCUCUUCCUUUUCUUCGUCUUCGCAUGCAGAGAACGCGGAGAGGGGGGAGACAGAGAGAAAAUGUCAAGAGGCGUCUUUGCCGUGGACAGCGGAGUCGGUGCCUCUGUGCCACUGUCGCUGCGUGUCGGGGUGUCAGUACAGCGCAUUUCUUCGGGACAUGCGAGCUGUCAAGAUUACGAACAGCCUUUUAGACAAGGUCGAUCGUGCGUUUCUUAACCAGAAAAUGCAGGCGCUGCUCGAGGGCCUUGCCUCUGAGAACCUCCCUGGUGACGCCGAGUAUUUGGGCACUCCAGCUCCGACGCAGGCGGCCUGUGUGGUCCCCGUCGCUUCUUCCGCACCUUCUGCAGGUUUGUUUUCUUGGAUUUUCGGCGCAGUUCCAGACCGGAGGAAUCCGUCUUCUUCUGACGAGAAGAACAGGGUGCAGAGAAGUCGAUCUCUGCGCCCUUUCGCCUCUGGGUCUCUGGAGCGUCGAUCCUCGAUCCACGGAGCCAGCCGCGCUUUGGAACCUGAUGCCGGCGCCGGCGGAGCUCAGGGGGGCCUGUCUCCUUUCUCGCGAGAUCCGGAGCUUGUCUCCUCUUCUCUCGCCUCGUCGUCUCCCUGCCAGGGCGGCUCUCUUUCGUUCUCCAGAUCAGACCUAAAGAGUUCCCUGAGGCCGCUCGGAAGCCGGAGACGCCGUCCACCCCGGGACUUGGACAGGCUUAUUGUCCGUGCCUCUCUGAGCGGGAUCAGAGACGCGAGAGAGGAAGGACAAGAUCCAGAGACGGCAAAGUCUCUCCUGCCGACAGGCGGCGCAGCAAAGGUCGAACUCGAGGGCCGAGAAGGAAGGCGAGGAGACAUUGAACGAGCGGCCACUGCUCGCUUGUUCAUUCGAGCUGCCUCCGUGGCGGUCGCGACUGGAGAAGACGAGCAUCUGAGGCGCACCGACAUAGCCUCUCUCGGCGUUUCGCAAGGCAAUCGGGAGAUCUCUGGCUGUCGCGACCGGCCCUCCUCUUCAUCGCGUCCUCUCGCUAUCAGAGGCGCGACGAACUUAGGCUCUCCUCUUGUCGGAUUCCUGCUCCUUCAAUCCGACGCAGAAAUGCGAGAGACGCCUCCUUUGUCUUCUUCCUCCUCUACAUCUUCUCCUUCCUCCAUUUCUUUGUCUUCCUACGCGGUGUCUGCUGCGUUCUCUUCUUCGUCCGCGUUUCCUUCUUCUUCGUUAUAUGCAUCAUCCGAAUCUUCAUCCUCCUCCUCUUCUUCCUCUUCAUCUUCUUCCUCCUCCUCUUCUUCCUCAUCAUCUUCUUCCCCUUCUUCGUCAUCUUCUUCGUCAUCUUCUUCUUCCUCUUCUGACUUGUCUUCCUCCUCAGGCCGAGGGGCUGCAGCGUUGCGUCUCAUCGCAAGGCAACGAGAGCCGGCCGCGUUCCUGACCUCCGUGGAUUCUUCUCUUCUCUCUCUCCGGCCAAGCCGCGCCGGUUCGCUCCUUGUGUGCAGUCCCUCUUUGUCUCAGAAACCAUCAAAGUCAACGGCGCCUCGCCACGGCUCUGGCGAUGCGGAGUUUCUGCCUCUUCCGUCCAGUGCCCUUCCAGGAGACAGCAGAGACGCGAGACAGUUUUUCCAAGGCGGAACGGUGACGCCAUGCGCCUCAGUGGGCGCACAAGCCCUGCAACCAAGAAGCUCCCUUCCUCAGGCUCGAGGGGGUCUUCAAACAAGCGAGAGGGCGCGAGAAUCUCUCUCUUCUUCUUUGUCCCCCCCGGCUUGCUUCCCCCCCGUCGCUGAAGCAGCUGGCAUUUCUCUUCCCACUAUAUCUCCGUUGUGUCCUCUCGUCUGUGCAUCUUCUUCCGUCGAGGGCUCUCCGUUUUCGCAUGCAGGCUCGCAGACGGGUCGGCGGCGAGGCUGCGGCCGCCGUCCGGGCUCGCUAGUUGGGCUCCACGCGUCACCGCCGGUCUAUGUGCGGACGACGUUCGCGCAGCCUCCGAGUCCCGCCUCUUUGGCGGCUUGUGGCGAUGUUUCUCAGUCUGGAGGAGCGGGCCUUCUUCUCAGCAAGGUGUCUCCGCCAGCGCGAGUGGAGAGCAAACGGAAAGACAGACUCUUGGCCUCGGCGACGACGCAUACAGGCCAGACUUUGUCGCUUUGUUCACCGACGGAGACCCGCUCGUUUUCCAUACAGAGCCCGGCUUCGACGUGUGUCUCUCGCGACCCCGAAAAGCGAGGAGACAGCGCAGACGCGCGACAAACGCAGCCCACAAACUGGCGAGAAAGGGUCGUCGCCACUUCGACUGUCUCCUCCAGCGACUCCGAGCGUUUUUCCAUCCCUUCAAGAGCUUCUCCUUGUCGAAGUGUUCAAGAACCUCGUGUAUCGGAGCGACGCGUUCCUCAGGACGAAGGUCAGCGCAAGAACGAGGCAGGACGAGCUGCAGAAGCAGCCAGACACCCCAAAAGUCGCUCUUUCGGUUCUUUCUCCUCACCUUCUCGUUCGCGUCUUCGUCGCGUCUCUCCGUUCGCGCGGUCGUCCCCACCUGAGGCUUCUCCGGUUUCUGCGUCUUCUUCCGAAUCCGGUCAGGAGCCGGCGAAAGGCCUCGAAAUGUUUGUGUGUGCCGACAUGCGCAGCGUGGCUGUGCGGCAACUGCCCUGGGAAGGCACGUGGGUGCAGCGCCUUCCGGCAACGCAUGCAGUGCUGCCCUUCGGCCUCCUCGACCCUGUCGACCAUCUUUUUCGGAAAGGAAAAGGGCGUUGUGAAGCGCGAAAGACAGGGCUGAAGCCUGCACUCGCGAGUCGGCGAGCACACACUCGCCAGCAACGCGAGAGAGAGAGGAGAAGAAGAGAAUCCGAAGAAAGACGAGACGCUCAGGGGCGACAAGAAACGAAGGGGAGAAGAGAGACAGACGGCGGAAGGGAGACAGAGAGAGACACAGAGGCAGAGAGUAGAAGGCACACAGAGCAGCGAAGAAGAGACCCAGAGUCCAGGAAAGCAGGUUUAAGGGGAGCGAGAGUUGUGUGUGGGCGAGAGAGCAGAGAUCGUGACUUUUCAGGACGAGCAGAAGAAGAAGAAAAGAGAACAAAAGGUGAGCAAGACUCGGACGUCUCCGGUUCAUCUGUAGAGACACUCAGGGGGACACUCAGGCAGGCGCCUCCUCCUGUCGCCGAGGGCUCAGACCGUGCUGGAGAUGUCCCAACCUCUCUCAGCACACUUCGUCCUUCCUCGUCUCCGUCAUCCUCUUCUCACUCCUCUUUUUCCUCUCCCUCAUCAUCUUUUUCCUCUCCCUCAUCAGCUUGUUCUCUUUCUUCUUGUCCUGAUUCUGUUUUUUCGUCUUCUCCUGUCUCUUCUCCGCGGGCACUGUCUCCCAGCUCGGGGCCUUCGACUGUACAUACAACGGCCGAGGCAUUUGACUGGUCUCUGCUGUACGAGCUGAAGGAGAAGGCGCAGACAUUUCUGGGUCUGGGAGCGUCUUUCGUGGGGGGCUCUGCAGAGGGUCGCUAUUUCCUUUUGUCGGUAGCGGAGAUGGAGAAAACUCGGAGGCGAUUAGUGGAGAUCGAAACGCAGACGUCUGCGGAUGUGCAACACCUUCGCGGGAAAGUUGCCGCCGCCGAGAGACAGCUGUCUCGACAGCAGCGAACGGAACGCAUGCAAGAAGAAAAGUACAGGCGGCUCCUCUACGACCAAGAACAAGCGUACAUCGCCAAACUCGCUGCUGUCCAAGACCUCGACGCUCUUAUCAACGUCGACCGCCGCGAACGCGACUCAGAGCAAAGACACAAGGAAGAAAGAGAAAAGGAGACGAAAUUCUCAGAACGGAUUUCGUUCGGCCAGCACGCCUGGAGGGGAACUCAGGCGGCUGAGCCGCGUCUCUCAUCUUUCCGUGGAGAUCCUUUCUGUGUCUGCGGAGACAAAAGUGAAGGGUCUCUAUUAUUUCAGCAGGAGACAUUUGGCGGUAUUUCUCUCGAUGGGACAGGGAGCGAGAAGAGCGGAUGGAGAGCCGCGGAGAAGGCAGUGUAUGCAACGUCAAGGCAGGCGAAAACGCGAGAAAAGAUUCGUUGCGGUUCUUCCUCUCCUCGAAGUCCCGCUCUGCCUCCACCUUGUGUUCCUGACGCGGUAGAAGGAAGAAGGACAGACGAAGGAAGAGGCGAAGAGAAAGUUACAGCAGACGUCCAGAGAGAAGGCUGCGCGCUUCCGUCCUCUGACGCUAUACUUCUUGUUUGUACCAAUCACGAAAUGGAGCCUCUUUCCUCUUUCGAGAAUCAGACGGAUGGCGGUGACGCCUCAAAACGCGUGUUUGAAGAGACGAGUGAUGGCGAGCUGAGUCCACUCGCCAUCGACAGCAUGCGUGAGGAGACAGACGAAGAACGCAGCCACGAGAGCGAAGCGGCUUCUGGGCCUUUGGCCGUCCUCGCGUCUCCAGGAAAAACAGUGAGAUCUGUCUUCAGCGUCGCUGCUGGCUGGAGCUCCAAGUGGCUCCUCGACCUCCUGCCGACCGUAGCUCUCGCUCCAGGUAGCCAGGGCCAUCGGAGACACCCUGGCGAAGCCCGGCGUGAGCUGCUGGCGCCUGUAGGGCGGCAGGGCGAGGCAGACGCCAAGGGGGAAAUGUCGGAGAGGCGCUUGGAGUGGGGACAAGACCGGCAGACAGAGGCUUCUGAGUCCCGAAACGGGGAAGCGAGAGAAAAGUGGAUUUGCGUGGGUGGAGACCGAAGCGCCGGGGCUGCGGAUCGAGAUGGAGACGGGACGUUUUCAGAGAGGACUGGAGAACGGGGCUUCAGACGCCGUGGCUGUCGUGCCUGCCCCGCCUCGGCGGGGAGAGAAAGACAAGCCGGACAGCAAAGAGAGAACGAAAUCGACGCGAGGCAUCGAGGUGCGAGACUGGCGAACCGCGACCUAGCCUCUGAGGGGAGACAAGCCGAGAUUCUUGGCGAAGAAGAAGCACGGCGGGUCGACGAAGAGACCCAGAGACAACGUGAGAGAGAGCACGGCCAACGACGGGCGUCUCGCGUUUCCUGGGAUCCCGCCGGCAUGCAAAACGAUGAGGCUACAGUUCGAAAAGAUGCGAUCGACGCAGCCUUGAAGAGGGUGGCCAGUCGAGAGAGGACUUUGGCUAGGCGGCAGGCGGCGGCUGUCGAGGCCCGCGCGAAGUGGGAGGCCCUCAGGGCGGAGACUCGAGACCUGCUGGAUGUGAAAGAUCAUUUGCAGGCUUCUCUUCAAGACUUUAUCGCGAGUCAGGAAGCGCAGAAAAGCGACCAAGUUUCUCGAUUUCUCUCGACAGGCCACUGGCGGCAGCAUCUCCCGAAGGAGCUGCAGAGACAGCAGCCUGCGCCCUUGCAGCGACUUCUCCACAGCCUCUCAGUGAUCUCUUCCAAUCCUGCCGCAGUUCUCUCUCUCUCUGGUGCAGCGCAGCCGCUUUCUUCUUCUGUGGAGGCGCCGCGUCGUUCGUUCGACGGCCAGAAUGCCCAGAAAACGAGCGAGUGAACUGGGUGGCGGGAACAUCAAAAGAGAGGAGUGAGGCGAAGGCCGCGGGGCAAAAAGACGUGCUGGUAGGCACCUCUGCUUGAAGACCGCAGAGGGCAGCGGAACUGAAAAGACAACAAGCGUGGUAAACUCGAGCCCAGUGACGAGCGACAUGAGGGCGGGAAGCAGAGAAGCCGUGAACCGAUCAAGAAUGAUAUGGCGGUCAAAACGAGCGUCGACCCGUGUUUGCAUGCUUUGUAUCGCGAGCUGUGUUGGCCUGAACCGCCUUUGAAACUCGGAGGUCUGUAUGCAGUAUGUGUUUGCUUCAAACGGGCGCCGAGAGUACCCUUAAGUGCGGCUUCUCUUUUCUAGAACGUUGGUUAUUUAUUUGAGAAGUGACAGUGACGCCAGUCGACCAUACCGGCGAGUUCGUUGACCGUUGUGAAGACGUCGGGCCAGUUUCUCUCUCAUGUGAGAACAGACACGUCAGGUUCCGAAUUCUUUCCGUGUGGAAGAUGGGACAAACCCACAGGCUGAGUGGUGCUUGCCACCCCCUUUCCACGCAGCAGUCCUGCCGGAAGUUCACGUGUGUUACUCUGGAAGCUUCUGGCAGCGAAAUAAUUUGAAGAAAGAUCGGACGCGGCGGAGAAUAACACAAAAGUGAAGUCUCUUUCACGUGCAGCAUCUGGCCUCAUGGAGAAAGAUGUUCACCUCGCUGGGCAUAUCGCGAUUGUCUCGAGCUUUUUAUCGUUUACAGUCUUAGAUAAACUCCAUCCAAUUGAAAGAAAUUGAACAGGCCUGGUCUCGUGCUUGUGGGGAACACGGGCAACGGCAGAGACAAGAAAUAACUCGACUAUAGCAGCAUGUUCCGUCUGGUAGCUUUGCUUGUCAGAGUCUCGCACUUCGUGAUCUGUCG